ACGCGCCACGGUAAACAUACAGUGUGUAGCGUUAGCGUGUGCAUCCUAGUAAAACAAGUGUUUUCUUAAUCAUUGUGUGUGGAAGUUAGUCUCAAUCGCUACCUGCUGUGGUAGCUCUCAUUGCUCAUCGAAUGAAAUUCUAGUUGAUGAGCCCGUGCAAACAACGAAACGUAUACCGCGCCAUUUUUCUAUCAUUUUGCCUUUUACACGACGAUCUGCUCUUUCAAACGCAUCGAACAAUUGGCCCUGAUAGUGAAACGUACUCUGGAAAAAGAGGACUACAUUUGUGUGAACAAUGCAUUCAACACGAGGAGCAGCAAUGAAUAAAGUUUCGAUUACAGAUUCCAGUGGUCCGCUUGUGCCUGAAAAGAAGGAUUUCUGCGAUAGUGCCAAUACAGACUCGGGGUUCCUUUCUGGACAUAACCUCAAUUCGUCUGAAAAUAUUUCAUCCAGCGAAACAUUUGCCGAACCUGGCAAACCGCUGGACCACGCAGACGGUUCCGCACUUGCUUCAAACGUAAAGCAAAGUGCUGAAACCCAUUUGGACUCUGGAAUGAUACCAGAUGGAGAGCCCGAUUCUAACUACGGUAUAAUGGACAUUUGCGAACGUUUGGACCGACUGAUGAAGCGUGAUUGGGUGCAAUGUUAUCAGCAAAACGAGCUGGGGGAUACCUCGCUCCAUUUGGCGGUGUAUGAGGGUAACCAUGAAUUCAUCUCGCGUCUGUUAGCGAAUGCUCCUCGGCAGUUUCUUAACAUCCAAAAUGAUUCGGCACAAACGGCAAUGCAUUUGGCAGUCGUGAUGGACCAACCGAAAAUUGUACGACAGUUGUUGCUUGCCGGCAUCAACCAAACGGUGCGAGAUGCAAACGGAAACACCGCCCUCCAUUUGGCGUGUGUCUAUGGAAAGAUUGCUUCUGUCAAGGAGCUGCUACUUCCAUUGAAUUCCGCCGAAUUGCAACAGGGUGUUGGGCAUUUCACAAUGCCACAGGAUCUGGAGCUAUGGAACUACGACGGUAAAACUUGUGUUCACCUGGCUGCCGAAACGGGGAGCAUAGAAAUUCUUCGGUAUUUGAUCGAAGCUGGAGCUGACAUAAACGCGCGGGAAGGAAAGUCAGGACACACUGCGCUGCAUAUUAGCAUCGAGCGAGGCAAUGAAGAAUUGGCCAAUUUCCUUCUUGACGAAUGCCCACGUAUCAGUCUGGAAGCUGUUACGUACGCUGGAUUGACGGCCUAUCAACUUGCUCUCAUCCAAGACAAGCGAAUCCUGUUGAACGACCUUACGAAGCGAGGAGCUGAACAAAUUUCUCUCCCUGAGAGCGAUAUUGAGUCCGAUUCUGAAGAUGAAAUGAUUAAUAACUACUACGGUACGAAUGCGUUCUCUGCAACUUUCCCGGGACUGUCGGUUAUCAAUGUGUCGUAAUGUCACAUGCCACCAUUCUUCCCCCAAUAAAUCACAACCACGCAAGUGAAGCACACAAUCCAUUUGUGCAGAAAACGGUAGUACACGCACAACAAAUAUACCGCACCUCCGAUGCUAAAGAGCGAAGACAAAGCUCUCGACCAAUACGCAUCACAAGUGCCUUAGGCUAAUUGUAAAAGUGGAACGGAAAAAUAUAGCACAUUGUAUUCUACGCUGUUACUAAAACGAAACAAAAGUUGCGAUAAUAUAAUUUUGUAAAAAUUUUGUCUAGAUGAUUUUCUUUUCUCUUAUGAUCUUCGUGGAUCCUUAAAAAUACACAUUUGACAUAAUCCAGAUUUAGCCCCACUCGACCCAUUUGCCAUACAUCAUUGAGAGUAGUUAAGAAAAAUACAUUAUUAUCCAUAUGGGACAUAAUACAUUUUUGAGGGUUGGAGCAGAAACUUACUGUCUUCAAUUGCCAGCCAUAACAAAGCACCUUUCGUACUGAAAGGUAAAUAUAUACAUAUGUACGAUUAACCUAACUUGUAAGAAAAAGGAAUGUAAAAUUAUAACUACAAAUAUAAGUAUAUAUUUUGAUUACCUGUGUAAA